AUGAACCCUACAAGUUGUGAUCUGACUAUGCUGGAGGGAAACAUUGCUGGAGAUGCUUUAACAUCAGUGGAGGUCUCCUGUGUUGAGACAGGAACUCUGUUUGCUAAACAGCAGGAAAUACAAGAAGAUUUGGAAGAACUCAGCAAUCUAGAGGGAUCAGAAUAUUCAUUCCAAACAACUAUGGAAGAACUUGAGGAAAAUCAGAAAGACAAUCAUCUCACUUUACAGGAACCCCAGAAUAAUGAUAACAAGAAGCAGCUGCAUGAAAAGAUGGGAGCCAUCAGAGACAUGACAACAUCAUCUUUCAUCUCAGACAGUAAAACAGAGAGCAUGGAUGCUAAGUGUCAUAUGGCAUAUUUGGACAUGAAUGGAGGAAUCAGUGCUUUGCAGUCAGAAGUAUCCACCAAUGCAGAGGAGCUGGAACAGCUCUGUGGCAAGCAGGUCACAGCAGCUGAUAUUGAGCUUGAGAGGAUGAGGUGGGAUUUUGUGCUGGCUAAACUGAAAUAUGAACAUGAGGAUAAUGAAAAGCAAAGGCUUCAUGAAGAGAGAAUGGAGCAGAUCCAUCAACAGGCAGUAAAAAGAUCGUUUAGCCAAGGACUCCAAGACCUACUCCGGCCCCCAAACCAGUAUGCCUUGUUCCUAUACUGCUUCAUCAUUAUUCAUCUUAUUUAUACGCUAAAGGAGCUGGCCUUCUACUUUUUCCAAACCCAUUACCUCUUCUGUUUUGCUAUUGUGCUCAUUUUCAUUCUCAAAAACGAAAGGCUAAGAAGAGGGGACGAGGAGAAAGGCAGCGCAGCAGAAAGGAAGACCUUGCCAGAAGAUCGUCCGCUCUUUCCAGUCCCAGCGCUGCAAAGCUCCGCAGGUCAAACGAGCCCCGGCCGAGAGCGCCAGCGAGACCCUCCGCCUCCACCGCGCCGGCCGAGCAAAACCCGAAGGAGACGCAGCCCUGCGCCUCUUGCCGCUGCUGGAACGCGGCACAGCACGCCGGUUAUCAACACGGCUCCGAAUCGGCUGCUCCCUUGGUUUACCAGCGAGCCCCGGGGCAGCGGCGGCACAGCAGCACGGCAGCGGCAGCUCCGCCCCGACCCGCCCCGGCCGCCCCAGGGCAGGGCAGGCUGCUCUUAG